GCCCAGCAGUCUUCCUGAUUGGAUUGGGUAGUUUGUCUUGACACACCACUGUGCUGAGUGCUUGAGGACGUGUUUCAACAGAUGGUUGGGGUUAGUGUGUGUCAUCACAUUCGAGAAGGGAUUUGAGAAGGAAGGUUGUCUUCCAGGAGCUGUGUGGUCCUUGAGUGUGAACCCUCACAAGAAAGGGGGAAAGGAGACAAGGGGGAAUCCUGUUUAAACAAGAGGAACACUUUUUUUUCAGACUAACAUCAAAACUCCAGUUACCGAUUACAUCCGAGGGAUAGUUGGGUGGCAUCAGACCUGCCACAAUGAAGUAUCUCUGUUUUGCCUUUUUUCUGGUUCUGUUCAUUAUUGAAUUGCAAAGAUGUGAUGGAUCAACAACAAGAGGACAGGGGCUGAAAGGGCGCAUGCAGCGGGACAGACGCAACAUCAGACCCAACAUUAUCCUGAUCCUCACUGACGACCAGGAUGUCGAGCUUGGCUCUAUGCAGGUGAUGAACAAAACUAGGAAAAUAAUGGAACAGGGAGGUGCGUCUUUCACAAACGCCUUCGUAAGCACACCAAUGUGUUGUCCUUCACGGUCCUCCAUUUUGACAGGGAAGUAUGUCCACAAUCACAACACGUACACCAACAACGAGAACUGCUCUUCUCCUUCAUGGCAGGCCCAGCACGAGCCCCGGUCCUUCGCUGUGUACCUCAACAACACAGGCUACAGAACAGCUUUCUUUGGAAAAUACCUCAAUGAAUACAAUGGUAGCUACAUUCCACCAGGGUGGCGGGAAUGGGUUGGGCUGAUAAAAAAUUCCCGCUUUUAUAAUUACACCGUCUGUCGGAACGGCUACAAGGAAAAGCAUGGAUCCGAUUACGCCAAGGAUUAUUUCACAGAUUUAAUUACCAACGACAGCAUUAAUUACUUCAGAAUCUCCAAACGGAUCUACCCUCACAGACCGGUAAUGAUGGUCAUCAGCCAUGCCGCCCCACACGGACCAGAGGACUCGGCUCCACAGUUCUCAGAGCACUUCCCCAAUGCCUCCCAGCACAUUACACCCAGUUACAACUAUGCACCCAACAUGGAUAAGCAUUGGAUUAUGCAAUACACUGGCCCGAUGAGGCCCAUAAACAUGGAAUUUACCAAUUUUCUGCAUCGGAAAAGAUUGCAGACGCUUCUGUCUGUGGAUGAUUCUGUUGAAAAGGUAUAUGAAAUGCUUGUGGAGACUGGAGAGCUGGACAACACCUAUGUCAUAUACACAGCUGAUCAUGGCUAUCAUAUCGGGCAGUUUGGUCUAGUGAAAGGAAAAUCCAUGCCUUAUGAUUUUGACAUCAGAGUCCCUUUCUUUGUCCGUGGUCCCAACAUUGAGCCAGGAUCAAUCAAUCCUCAUAUGAUUUUAAAUAUUGACCUUGCUCCAACAAUUCUGGACAUCGCAGGACUCGAUACGCCUCCAGAUAUGGAUGGAAAAUCUAUCUUAAAACUAUUGGAACCAGAAAAAACUGGAAACAGGUUCAGAUCAAAUCGAAAACCCAAAGUUUGGCGGGAUACAAUCCUUGUGGAGAGAGGCAAGUUUCUUCGUAAGAAGGAGGAGAGCAGCAACAAUAACAUGCAGCAGUCUAAUAACCUGCCCAAGUACGAGAGGGUGAAGGAGCUGUGCCAGCAAGCAAAAUACCAGAGCGCCUGUGAGCAGCCCGGCCAGAAAUGGCAGUGUAUUGAGGACACGUCAGGCAAGCUGCGAAUUCACAAAUGCAAAGGGUCUCUGAAAGUUUCAGCAAAAAGAAAGCGGACAAGGAGCCUGCGAUCCAGAGGGUACAGUUCCAAGGAGAAGGAGUGUGACUGCGGGAAGAUCGACUACAAGCCAGCCAGAGGGGAACGACGGAAUCAAAGACAGCUUUCUCAGACUAACCAAAGGUACAAGCCACGCUUUGUUCACACUCGGCCAACAAGGUCCCUGUCGGUAGAAUUUGAGGGGCAAAUUUACGAUAUUGACCUUGAGGAAGAGGCACAGCCAGUCUACGAGCCAAGGAACAUCAGCAAGCGCCACUUUGACUUGGAGCAGGAGGAUUUUGAAGAAAUGCUGGCUGAUGAUAAUGCAGUGGGUCAGCCCAACUCUAUAAAAGUCACUCACAAAUGUUACAUUCUGGCCAAUGACACAGUGCAUUGUGAGAGAGAAAUCUACCAGUCAUCCAGGGCCUGGAGGAAUCACAAGAGCUACAUCGCCCUAGAGAUUGAAGCUCUUCAAGACAAAAUUAAGAAUUUGAGAGAAGUAAGGGGACAUCUAAAGCGAAGACGACCAGAUGAAUGUGACUGUAGUAAGAGUUACUUUAACAAAGAAAAGUUGCAGAGAAACAAAGAAAAACUGAAAAAUAGCAACCACCAUCUCCAUCCCUUUAAGGAAGCAUUACAAGAGGUUGAUGGUAAAGUACAGAACUUUAAUGAAAGUCGGAGAAAAAAAAAGGAGAGAAAGCAAAAGAAGCGCUUGAAGAAAGGGGAUGACUGCAGUCUGCCAGGCCUCACCUGUUUUACACACGACAACGACCACUGGCAGACCGCACCCUUCUGGAACUUGGGGUCGUUCUGUGCCUGUACUAGUGCCAAUAACAACACUUACUGGUGUUUACGAACAAUUAACGACACACAUAAUAUCCUCUUUUGUGAGUUUGCUACUGGCUUCUUGGAAUAUUUUGACAUGAACAGUGAUCCUUAUCAGCUGACAAAUGCAGUGCACACUGUUGACAGAGAAGUCCUGAACGAGCUUCAUCUACAGUUAAUGGAGCUGAGAAGCUGCCAGGGUCAUAGACAGUGUAACCCUAGGUCUAGGGGACUUGAAACAGAGAAGAGCAACUAUGGAAUGGAUGGGAAGGCUAAACUGCCAAACUUUACUGAGGACAUCAACUGGCAAGGACUGGAAGAUUUGUACAGUGUGAAUGAGACGUUGUUUGGGAACAGAUACAAUUAUAGUCUUAGCCUGGAUGACUGGACUAAUUAUUGGAAGGCUGUAGAUAGUAUGUUUGCACUGCUAAGAAUAUUUUAUGAACAAAAUGAAACAAAUGAGUCUGAUGCCCUUAAUGAGGAUGGGGCUUCAUCUGACUUCUUCACAGGGUCCGGGUCGGGGGAAAUGUCCCCUGUGGAAGACCAAUCAAGCAGUACAGGGUCCGGGUCGGGGGAAAUGCCCCCUACGGAAGACGAAUCAAGCAGUGCAGUGACGUCCACGGGUAACAUGCAGCCUGCUGUGCCCACACCGGACUCUGAAACUGUAAGAUUCAGUACAGAUUUUAAAACUGAAUCCCAUAAUGACAUACCUGAGAGAGUCCGUCCGGACUUGGAAUACUGGAGGAGAGCUCAAAAGGAUACGUGGGCCAGACAGAUGGAAGAGGACUUGGACAAUGACGGGUUCGUUUUCAGUGGAAACGAUUUGACCGAGAUGGAGACCAGACAUGGCUUUGUCCUCCAGUCAGUCUCCCAUCUUCAGCAGGAAGUUACCCGAAAUGACGUUGAGGAGGAGGACAUAUUCAAAGGCCACGGUUACCUUCCAGUAGAUCCAGACAGCCCCUUCUUUCACCAAACUGCGAAUCUGACAACACAGAUAGGAGCUACUGCUCCACAUAAAGAAGCAACCACACAGAACGGGAGCAAAAAUGAUCCAACCGAACAACAAACCUCUGAAAACUUCAGCACAGAAGGCAGUGGCUUGUCUUCCCAUACCUUCAAAUAAAUAAGUUUUAAAGUAGCACAUUAAGACGACAGACUCCAGAAGGCAUGAAGAGACAAUGGGACAUAUGUCAUUGCCAAAUGGGUCUGAUUAUCUCAGAAUCAAAAGUAGAGAUUUCCAGGUUUAGAAAUGGUGCAUUGUAUUUGUAAUAUUUUUAUUUGUUCAAUUUUUUAUUUUAAUUUUUUUUUUUUUUUUUUUUUUUACAGGUGCUAAAAUAUUUAGACCACAGUGCUAACUAACACGUAUAGCCCAAACCAAAUGUAGCUUUUCUUCAAAUUUAAAUUCCAAGCUGAUUUACUGGAUUAAGCAAUUAUUUGCAAGCACAGGUCUGUCAUUAAUGUCUGUUUCACCAACUUGAUUUGUUUGAUUCAUUCAGUUAGUGAAUCAAUUCAACAAAUUUGUUUGUUUGAUUCACUGAUUCACUAACGUGAAAUAAAUACAUCUUGCUGAAUUACUUGGUUAUGAAAAUGUGUUUGAACGGAAAAAUUCCUGAAAUGAUAAUUGAUUGUCUAGGAAGGGUGUCAAACUCAUCUGGCAGCAAGGGCCAUUUAAGUGAAUACUUGUUCACUUGAUGGACCGCACCGUAAAAAAAAAAAAAAAAAAAAAAAAAAAAAAAGUUAUGCAUCGUAAUGUACCUGAAAAUGUCUAUAGAAAUUGUAUGGAGGCCAAUAUACUCAAAUAUACUACUUUACAAAAAACACAUUACCCCCACUGCACGAUUCCGUGUCAUCAAUAAGUAUGCAGGCACGGUUUCAAUCACUUAUUCAACAUAUUACUUAAUGUAUUUUAUAGUACAAAAA